GUUGAGAACCAUCUUGUUUUCCACGCAGAUCUGGAGGGGCAGCACGCGUGCCGGGAGCGUCCCCUCCUCCUUUUCGGGGCCGCCGCAGGCUCAGUGAGCCGUUUUUUCCCUCUGGCCGGCAGGCUGGGCGCGCAGGGACGCGGGCCCCCGCUGGGCGCGCAGCGGCACCAUGGGCACGGUGCUGUCCCUGUCCCCCAGCUACCGGAAGGCCACGCUGUUUGAGGAUGGCGCGGCCACGGUGGGCCACUACACGGCCGUGCAGAACAGCAAGAACGCCAAGGACAAGAACCUGAAGCGGCACUCCAUCAUUUCCGUGCUGCCUUGGAAGAGGAUUGUGGCCGUGUCAGCCAAGAAGAAGAACUCCAAGAAGGUGCAGCCCAACAGCAGCUACCAGAACAACAUCACGCACCUCAACAAUGAGAACCUGAAGAAGUCGCUGUCCUGCGCCAACCUGUCCACAUUCGCCCAGCCCCCACCGGCCCAGCCGCCCGCACCCCCGGCCAACCAGCUCUCAGGCUCCCAGACCGGGGUCUCCUCCUCUGUCAAGAAGGCCCCGCACCCCUCCGUCACUUCCGCAGGGACGCCCAAACGGGUCAUCGUCCAGGCAUCCACCAGCGAGCUGCUGCGCUGCCUGGGCGAAUUUCUCUGCCGCCGGUGCUACCGCCUGAAGCACCUGUCCCCAACGGACCCCGUGCUUUGGCUGCGCAGUGUGGACCGCUCCCUGCUUCUGCAGGGCUGGCAGGACCAGGGCUUCAUCACGCCGGCCAACGUGGUCUUCCUCUAUAUGCUCUGCAGGGAUGUUAUCUCGUCUGAGGUGGGUUCAGACCAUGAGCUCCAGGCCGUCCUGCUGACCUGCCUGUACCUCUCCUAUUCCUACAUGGGCAACGAAAUCUCCUACCCGCUCAAGCCCUUCCUGGUGGAGAGCUGCAAGGAGGCCUUUUGGGACCGUUGCCUCUCUGUCAUCAACCUCAUGAGCUCCAAGAUGCUGCAGAUCAAUGCUGACCCACACUAUUUCACACAGGUGUUCUCCGACCUGAAGAAUGAGAGCGGCCAGGAGGACAAGAAGAGGCUCCUUCUAGGGCUUGAUCGGUGAGCCCUGUAGCCCUGGUCAUGGCUCAAGGAUUCAUUUUUAAAAAUUUAUUAUUAAAUCAGAGUUUUGUGUACAGUAUGUGUCUAGCAAAGCCACCAAGGGCCUCCCCCUUCCCAUGUUCUCUCCUUGGGAUUUUUUUCAGCCCUGUGAAGAAUUCUGGAGACUUGAACUCUCAAAUCUUGUGCAAACCCAGAUGUACUCGAAGCCACCCAGGCUGACCUCCCCCUUUGGGGAACCCAAGGGGCUGACUAGCCCCUGCUGCCUGUGCCCUUGCUGGAUCCAUGGUGGGUGAGGCUGCCCACUGCUCCCUGGAUGGGAGCUGGUGAGGGGGUCUCUGGCUGCGGGCCCAGGGAGGAAUUGGGAUUUCUGGUCAGAGGUCCAACAGUUUUGGAUGGUUCAUUCUCCCAGAGGCUCCUCAAGCCAGCUACCCUGACUGAGCCUCAAAGACAAGGGUUUUGAAGCAAGAUCCCUAUAGCCCUGGGACAUCUUCAGUAGAGGAGGGGCAAAGUGGGUCUCGUGCAAUGAUUGUGUCCAGUGGUUUGCCUGCGCACGGCCCUGGUUUGCGUUUUCUUUUUUAGGGAGAAGGGCUUUCCUUUAGUGGAGAAGUGGAACUUGCCCCUCUGCCCCUUGCCCACUACUCCCAGCUCCCACAUUAGGGUUGGCUAAUGAGCUUGUUUUCCUCAUUAGGUUCUUAUUUUGGGUCCCAGCUGAAGGGGUGGGGUGAAACUGGGGACAGCUACUUUCCUGGGUGAAUUUUUCAUUUGAAUAACACAGCUUAGUCACCCUGUGGUGAAAGCCAGGACAGUGGCAGCUGCCCAUUAGCAACAGCCUGUCUUCUGGGCAGGUGGAGAAGUCCACACCUGAGACCAAGCUGGUGCCCACCUAAGUGCUAAGGCCUCUUGCUGGUGCACAUGACAUUUGUCCUGCCGAGUCGGGGGAGGUGAGAUCAGCAGUAGGGGUGAUGUGAUAAUGGUGUAUCCCACCCCCACCCCGUGUUAAUUUAAAGCUGUUUCCAAGCAGUUCACUUUCUUCUGGAGAGGAAGCCUUGCUCUGUAAGGCCCAGUGAGACAGCUGGAUCUUGGAGAUAAUUACAAGAUGGGAGUUUGACUCCUGAUUGCUUUGGAAGCUUGGUGAUUCUGUAGCUGAUUACUUGCAGCUGCUAGUUUUGGUGUCCACCUUACCCCAGUUCUAUGAAAACACAUGUUAUGUACUUUAUCUGUUUUCUUUCUAAUUCUCCCAGACUGGUGGCUUGGGAGAGGUCCACGAAAAGGAAGCAAGUCUUCCUGUGUGGCCCCCACUCUUCCUUUGGGGAACAAAUAGCAGUGUGAAGAUGCUGUAGAGGAUUCUCUCUUCCAGUCCUGGUCACCAGGGAGUGCUGGAAUUGGGGGCUGGGGUGGGGGAGGCAGAGGUCAUUUUACAUAGGAUUAGGUUCUAGGUGGCUGCCGACUUCUGCACAAGCACUACUGAAAUUCACAUUAAAAAAAAAGAAAGCUGUGAAAUUGAGGUACCAAUUUAAGAGGCCUGGAGCAGAGCCUUUUGGUCUGAGGCUUUCCCAGAGAUGGGGAAGAGGGCCUGCCCUGCUGGAGAGCCUUUCUCCAGCUACUCCUUGAGGCCCACACUGAGCCAGUUCCUGGGACUGUGAGAUAAUCGGAUGCAGAGCUGGAAGGCACCUGCGGCUGCUGGCACAGACUUCACCACAGCCUCUCUUCUCUGCUGGUUUUCAUGCAGCCUGUCUUUACAUCCUGCUGCCACUCGUGACCCAAGGUGGGAGGCCUGUGGGGGCAGCUGGCCCCUUCGGGCACAGAAGAGGAGCUUCAGGUGCCUAGUCUCAGCAGGAGGGUGCAUGUUUGUAGUCCAUACAGCUGGCUGAACCUGGCCUAGAACUGUGCCAUUAAGUUGCAUCCACAGGAUUCCGGUUUUUUAUCUGUUUCCUUCUCUCUCUGUAAAUUUUUUUUUUGUUGUUGUUGUUUUUUGUUUUUGUUUUUGGAGGAGGUACACAUUUCAGGAGAUGUUGUGGACUAAGAAAACAACUCUAGUUCCACCAAUGUGAAGCCUGUGUGUUCUCUUCUCUUCCCUUGCACUGGUCAUCAGUAUUGUAAAGGAGCAACUGAUAUACUUGAGUGUGCAAGCAAUGAACCCAUUUGACAUGCUGCUAUGAAGACUACUUUUAGAACAACAACAAAAAACUAACCUACAAAAAAAAAAAAACCUUUAUUCUUUAAUUGUUGCUUUUACAGUGAUAUUGUGCAUGCAAACCAGGAGCAUUUUGUGUCUUAAGAAAAAUAAUCUUAGAACAGAUGGCUGUGAAAAUUACACCCAUGCACAGAACAAGCCACAGGAAUAAUAGUUCAGGAUUUGGUUUUUCUCUUUUUCUUGUAAACCCGAGGGUUGAUAUAUUCUUUCCAUGCAGUUACUAGAAUUUAGUUUUGUUCCAACAGUUGUUAAACUUGCAAUGAAAAGAAAAUGUGCCAUUUUUUUUCCUCUCAGAACUAUUCAUAGCUGUAUAUUUGAAACUGCUAAUUAUACAUGUGUGAUAUAUGUUGGUUUUUUAGUGCAAUUUAUUCUGUAGCUAUUCUUUGACCAAACUGUGGGUAUUGUUAAUAUUAAUUUAUAUUUGUCUCAUUUUGUAUGUAUGUGUAGUGUGUGAGUAUGUGUGGUUUAUAAUCUGACAGUCAUGAAGCUCAGUUUGGCUGUAAUUUAAUUCCCCUUUCCUUAUUUUUAUUUAUUUUUGUACUGUGCUGAUUCAAUAAAAUGCACUGACCAUCCAUUA